CCAUGGACAGUGAUUCUGGUGUGGAGAGCGCAGAGGACCCGUUGGAUGCUCCUUCCCCUCUGGGUACCAACUGUCAAAGCCCAGGAGAGGGAGCAGCUGGGCUGAGCAGGGACACCUGGGCCCCCCCUCCCCACCCCCUGAGCCUUGGCUGACUCCUCCCUCCCUAGGUGUCGGUUACCUGGGACCAGGAUCAAGUUCCCUGUGUCCGCCGCUGUCCCCUGGGCUUGUGUUACAAGUCAGAGCUCGGCUGUCAGCAGGAGGAGGCGGGGGCGGCUGGGGGAAGGGGGGGAAGGAAGCAGGCCGGAUCCGGCCGGCGCCGUCGGACGCUUGGGGCCCCCUGCGUGGCUGGGCAAGCCCAUGGAGAGCGGAGGGGCCCGGGAGGCACAGGGGGCCCAGCCCUCUGCCCCCCGGCCGCCCCCUCCCUCACCGGCCGAGCAGGCGGCCCCGGUCCCCAGCGCCCCUCGGAUCCGGCCCCGACUGGUGUUCCACACCCAGCUGGCUCACGGCAGCCCCACGGGCAAGAUCGAAGGCUUCACCAACGUCCGGGAGCUGUACGCCAAGAUCGCCGAAGCCUUCGGCAUCUCCCCCACCGAGAUUCUGUUUUGCACUCUCAACAGCCACAAAGUGGACAUGCAGAAGCUGCUGGGGGGCCAGAUUGGGCUGGAGGACUUUAUCUUUGCCCAUGUGCGUGGUGAGACCAAGGAAGUAGAGGUGACGAAGACCGAGGAUGCCCUGGGACUCACCAUCACAGACAACGGGGCAGGCUAUGCCUUCAUCAAGAGGAUCAAGGAAGGAAGCAUCAUCAAUCGGAUCGAGGCGGUCUGUGUGGGCGACAGCAUAGAGGCCAUCAACGACCAGACCAUCGUGGGCUGCCGGCACUACGAGGUGGCCAAGAUGCUCCGGGAGCUGCCCAAGGCCCAGCCCUUCACCCUGAGGCUGGUGCAACCCAAAAGGGCCUUCGACAUGAUCGGCCAGAGGACACGAAGCAGCAAGUGUCCUGGGGAGGGGAAGGUGACCAGCGGCAGGGAGACUCUUCGCCUUCGGGCCCGGGGUUCUGCCACAGUGGAGGAGGUGCCCAGUGAGUUUGAGGAGGAGGCUGCCCGAAGGGUGGAUGACCUGCUGGAGAGUUACAUGGGCAUCCGGGACCCAGACCUGGCCUCAACUCUGGUGGAGACGUCCAAAGAAACUCAGAGCGCUCAGGAGUUUGCGCGAGGCUUGGACUCCGUCUUGGGCGAGUUUGCCUUCCCCGACGAAUUUGUGGUGGAAGUGUGGGCAGCGAUAGGAGAGGCCAAGGAAGCCUGCGGCUAGGCAGGUCUCUGGCCCAGGGCCCAGCCACCCAGGGAGGCCCAGAAUUCUCGGCCCGGCCCCCGCCCGGGAGGCCCCGGCCCAAGACACCCA